CUGCUCAUGGGUUGCUUCGACAGAAAGGCAAUGCAAUUUGUCCAUAGGCUUUUGGAAUAUUGGAAGAAAUAAGAUCUGUGGAAAACGAACCUGUUUAAUAAAUGCACGUGUUGUUCAGUCGGAUAAUCUCCACAUGUCUACCAUACUUUAUAAUUUUCGAAUCAUAAAUCUAAUCGCCAGAAGCAAAAUGCUAACGUUAUGCUAUAAACGAACAACAGAGGAGUACAGCAGGCUUGCAGGACUUCAACGUGACGCCAACUUAAGCUCCUUUCAACUGACUUUUGUGCGCUUGCAUAUUUUAACAAAGCUUUUCCUUUUAGCCACACUGAAUUUAACUAGAAGUAUUUCAGGCAGAACAGGGGGAAACAAACUUAGCGGGAGUGUUUACGUGUUCGGAGUAAUAACGUCCUCGACAACUUCUGUAGUCCUAUUCAGCCACUUGUUAACACACACAUCUUCUUUCAGACACUUAAACUCUUCAUGUAUUUAUUGUCGCAGAACAAAACGUGAUCUAAAGAGUAUUUUUAAAAUGUUGGCCCUUUUGAGCUUGUGUGCUUUUAUUUUGAAGGUCCGCAGUCCACAGACUGUUAACGGCUGCAAUGAGAUACUGAAAAUACUCGCUAAAGUUGUCUGUAUGAAGGGAGAUUAAAGUUAGUUUCCGUUUGAUACUUCAGCACGUAAAGUGAGUUUGAGUGACUUGGCAGCUGUUUGGUUAACCUGGACAUCAUCUUGUCAUGGCGAUACAACUGUAUGUUGUUUUUGCACUGGUUGCAGCUUCUAUUCACGACUGUGAUGGGGUCCUGCGCUUUGCCUCCUACUAUAAUGACCACAUGGUGCUGCAGAAGUCUCCAGAGAGAGCUGUAGUGUGGGGCUAUGGACCCGAGGGUGCACAGGUGAAAUUGAACGUGUCAGGACAAAUCCAACAGAACAUCUCACAGGCUACAGUGACAAACGGUAUCUGGCGAGUCACCCUAGACCCUGUUGAAGCUGGUGGUCCCUACAAUGUGAGAGCCAGCAUGCAGAACAGCACAGCCGCUCUGACAGAUGUGCUGUUUGGAGAUGUUUGGCUCUGUGGAGGGCAGAGCAACAUGUUGUUUAGCGUAUCUCAGACUUUCAAUGCAUCAGAGGAGCUGAAGAACGCAGCACAUUAUCCUCAUGUGAGGACUUUUAUGGCAUCCCUGGUCCAGAGUGGAACCGAGCAAACUGAUUUGAUUCAAGUGGAAAUUCCCUGGUCUGUGCCGCCAGCAUAUCUGGCAGGUUUCUCUGCAGUGUGCUGGCUCUUUGGCCGUGAUUUGUAUGACAAGCUGCAAUACCCCAUAGGACUGGUGGAGUCCUGUUGGGGUGGCACACCUAUCGAAGUAUGGUCCUCUCCAAGAGCACUACAGCAGUGCGGACUACUACAGCAGCCUGAUGGCGGUCCCAAAGUGAAUUCAGUCUUGUGGAAUGCAAUGAUCCACCCUCUGCUCAGCAUGACCAUCAAAGGAGCCAUCUGGUACCAAGGUGAGGCAAAUACAGUUUAUCAUCAAGAGAAGUACAACUGUUCCUUCCCUGCUAUGAUCGAUGACUGGAGGAUAAAGUUUCACCAGGGCUCAGGCGGGCAGACGGCUCUCGAUUUCCCCUUUGGAUUUGUCCAGCUGUCUACCGUCCAAAAAUACUCAACUAGUGACGCCUAUCCGAAUAUCCGCUGGCACCAGACAGCAGAUACCGGUUUUGUCCCAAAUCCCAGCAUGCAGAAAACGUUCAUGGCUGUGGCAAUGGAUUUACCAGAUGAAAAAUCUCCCUAUGGCCCGAUCCAUCCCCGAGAUAAGCAGGACGUAGCCUUCAGACUGUCUUUGGGAGCAAGGGCAGUGGCGUAUGGUGAGCAGGACGUGGCCUUUCUUGGACCUUUCCCCGCCAAAAUCCUGUCAACUUCAAAGUAUCUCGAGGUAACCUACGACCAGAAAGUCUCUGUCGCUCCAUCUGAAAACAUCUUUGAGGUCUGCUGCUCAGAGAGUCAGACUCCAUGUGGUCCUAAGUCUCGUUGGGUUCCAGCUCCCAUCAUGCAGUGGGAUCCGACCACUGUCCAGGUAUCGACCAGUUUGUGUUCGCCCACUGAAGAAGUAGCUGCUCUGCGGUAUGCAUGGAGAGACUGGCCCUGUGACUUUAAGGCCUGUCCAAUCUACAGCGCCAGUAACAUUUUACCGGCUCCUCCUUUUAUUGCUGACCGCCGUUCAGCCAGAGGAAUCAAUGAACUGUAAGAAGACCAAAUGAUGAAUCAUCUGCCUUUUUGUUUUUCUUUAAAGACAGCAUAAGAUGAUAUUUGUGUUAUGUGAUCAAAGUGAUUGAAUGAAUUCAUGAUUGAUGAGACGGUAUGGAGCUGACAACAAUAUGACAUGAUGGAUUGUUACUGAUAAAAGCUCAACUUGGCUAAUAUUCCUAGUUUUUUUACAGAUAUCGAGGAGCAUUUUUGUUUUUUCUCUAGACAGUUACUAUGGGUAUCCAAUAAGUUAAUUGAUUAGUCUUAGAGGGGUUUGACAGAUCCUACAAAUCGCUAAUUGAAAAAUACUGUCUUCAACUUAUGGCAUCUGGAGAUAAAGCCUAACCUAAUUUAUUUUAUAACUGUGGUCUAGAAAGCAGGAAAACGUUAAUGCAUCUCAUCAGAAUGGACAAAAAUGCCACAAGAUUAAUGCUGCUAUUUCAUGUCUUUCAUUGAGAGCUCGGCAGUUGUACCUGUCAGCAUGGUGGGAAAUAUCUUUAUUUUAUUUUAAAGAUCUUCUUAAUCAGUCUGUCUCAAAUUCAAGAAACUGCUGGAGUGUACAGUACAUUGAAAAGCAUGAGAAAUGUUUUGUUUGAACAAAACUCUGAAGUGUACAACACAAGUUAAGUUUGAAGAAAUAAAUGUCAAAUAAACAACUAA